CGGAUUGGGCGUGUGAAUCCCUUUCUUCCUAAGAAAACAGUUGGAUGUGGAGUGUUCGACACGGUAGAGAUGGACUUUGACAUUAUCACUCCGCGGAUAGGAGGUUUCGGCCGUUACCACAAGCGGUUCGCGGUUGCUGUCUGUCUCCCGAACUUGCUGCUGGCUUUCAGCUUCUUCAGCGACGUCUUCCUCAGCCGGACUCCUGACCACCACUGCCAGCCCGAUCCGCAGCUCUUGCCUCUUGCCCUCAGAAACUUGUCGGGCUCCGCCCUCAACUACAGCCUGCCACUGCGAAGCGGCAGCGAGUCUUUUCCCGCCACCUGGAGUCGCUGCCGGCUGCACCGCUAUCCGUUAACGGCCGGCACGAGCCCACCACUGCCCAACGGCACAGUCUCGUGCACCCGAGGCUGGCAGUUCCAGCCACGCGACGGCCUCGAUAACAAUGUUGUUAGUCAGUGGAGCUUGGUUUGUAAGAACUAUUGGAAGGUUCCACUGGAGCAAGUGAGCUACAAGAUUAGUUGGAUUGUUGGAUAUUUAACCCUAGGAUCUGUUGCUGACCGACUGGGCCGCCGAAAUACAUUCAUUCUCUCGCUAAUUCUGUCAAUUAUUCAGCAUAUUGGAGUUUCCAUCUCUGUGGAUUUCCUCAUGUUUGUUCUCUUCCAUAUGUUCAGUGCGUUAGCAUCAGCUGGACUCUUCUUGUCAGUGUACAUUGCAAGGUUGGAGAUGUGUGACCCACCACAUCGACUGAUGAUUACAGUAAUUGCUGGAGCUUUUACAGUGGCUGGGGAGAUGUUGCUGCCAGGAUUAGUUGAGUUAUGCAGAGAUUGGAGAAUUUUGCAGGCUGUUGUCACUGGCCCCUUCAUAUUACUACUCAUUUAUUGGUGCAUUCCAGCCUUAUUCCCAGAGUCUCCACGCUGGCUUCUUGCGACCAGACAGAUUGAGAUGUGUAAGCACAUUAUGCGAGGUAUUGCAGCUAGUAAUGGUGUCAAUGUGGAUGAUGAUUUAUACACCCCAAACAAUGUAUUUACUGAGAUGGAUUUUGUAUUUGGCAAGUUUACAGAGUCUCGUAUUUAUAGUUUCUGUGAUAUGGCCACUACUAAAGUCAUUUGGAAGAACAUCUUAAUACUGGGGUUCACAACGUUCAUUGGCAAUGGAAUCCAGCAUUGCUUUACCCAAACACUCACUGGCUAUAGUUCCAGGUUCUACUUGAGCUAUUUUGUCACAGCUACUGCUGAAGGUGUGGCUCUCCUUUUCCUAUACUUCACUGUGAACAAGUUUGGUCGACGUGGUAUUCUACUGCUGUCAACAAUCAUCACAGGCAUGUCAUCGCUGUUAUUGCUUGCUCUCGCACAGUACCUGCAUCAAGGUGUUCAACUGGCUCUUUCCAUCCUGGGUCUGUUCUCAGCCUAUGUUGUUGUUAUACUGAGCAUAUUUUUUGCCAGUGAAAUUAUUCCAACUGUAGUUAGAGGUGCAGGCUUAGGCCUUGUUAUGGCAACAGGCUGCAUUGGAAAAGCAACAUCUCCAAUAAUGGAUCUCCAUAAUAAACAUGGCUUCUUUCUUCUGCACGUUGUGUUUGCCUCUUUUGCUGUCCUCUCAGUGUUGUGUAUCAUGUUGCUUCCAGAAAGCAAACGGAAGCCACUCCCAGAGUCUUUAAAAGAUGGUGAAAAUCAGAGACGCCCUCCAAUGUAUUUAUCACGAAACAAGGAUAGAGCUCCUCUGCUUCGAUCAUAUCAACAUAGGUGUUAUAAUCCAGAAAACUAUUCCAAGCUUGUAACUGCAACCAAGAAAAUACUGGCCCAUAAUGUCCAUUUUGAAUCACAGGAUCUUGUAAAUGAAAAUGUGAUUGAUCAGAUAAGAGAGACAACAUCUUAGCCAAUCCUUUUGUGAUGGAUAUAGAAUUGUUUAUAUAUUCUCCAGUAUUGCAUAUUUUACACAAGAAGUGCCAUUUAGGCAUUACAAACUGUAUUUUCUAAGACCUAAUUUCGGCUUUGUUUCUGACACUCAAAUAUUGGUUGAAUUGUGGGGAAGGCAAAUUCUUCAUAAUUCCAUUUUUCUAAAGGCUUAUUUCCAUAAUAAUAGAUUAUGCAUCAGGUUUAAAAGAACAUUGUUGAAUAUACUUUUAGCAUGUGUACAUCUUUAAUGAUAUAUAAACUAGGCUUGUCUUGUGCCAUCUUGCAAAUAAUGUGCAUGAUGUGGUCUGUUGAUUAUUACACAGCCUAAUGACUCAUUAAACUUUUCUUUGAAACAA